UAAUUUGUAGCAACGCCGUUAUUAAGGCGAAUAGUUCGGCAUCAGAGUCUGAACUUUCGACAACGCGGAAUGCAAUAGAUUCGGAAUCGGGAAUGAAAACAAAUAAAAAAUAUAUAUUUUUUAUUACAUUUUGGUGUAAACUUUUUUGGAAAUAUUUAAUUUAGUACAUAAGUAAAGUGUAAACGAUAAGCGUAAGUAAAUUGAAGCUAAACUUAGUGAGUUUUACUACACCAAUAAUAUGCUGAUACAUUGAGGAGGAGGAGUAUAUAUGUAGCAGAAACGGAAAUGGUUGAAAAUUGCUGGAAGCAAUAGAAGAGCGAGCAAAAGAAGUGGCUAGAAACUUGUACAAAGUAGGAGAGGUGCAAAGCAAUACGAUAGUAAUAGCAAUAAAAAUAAAAAUAUAUACCUGUUCGUUGUGGAGGAGGUGGAGGAUCUGCACGAGGAAGGCACCAACCAACGAAGAAGGAAUUGAAAUUGACGCAAGCAAAAAAGGCCAUUAAUACGAAGGCAACGGGCAAGUGAACGACGAAAAGCUGGAUGUGCGCUUGCAGGAAAAUCGCGCACAAUCUGCCAGUCAAUUUGUAGGCAUAAAAUACGUUUUCUGUGCGCACGAAAGUAGUUGGAGAGGCAAAAGUGCAUAAGAUAAAUGAAUAAAAAGUUAUAAAAUUAUAAUAACACGCAAAGUCAAUUCAACGAAAAAGGAGCUAUAAAGCAAAGUGGCUGGCUGGGCAUUUGUGCGGUGCAGUAUCGUGUCGCCAUGUUUCUGUGUGUGUAAUUGGGCGUGUUCAUGUGUUUGUGCACUAGCAGUGAAUACGGGCAAAGGCAAAAGUGAAAACUUGCUUUUUUGUCAUCGUGGUUGCCAUCAUCGUGGCCGUUGUCGUUGUAGUCGUCGUCGUCGUUGUACCGUCGAUGUAUUUUCGCAUUUUUCGCGACGGCAAAACUACGAGUGUAUUUGGCAAAAUAACCAGCCAACCAACCAAAAAGCCAGCCAGCCAGUUUUGGCCGCGGCUUUGUAUUCGGCAAUAAAAAAUAAAGUCAAAUUCCUGGAACUCGAAUUCGCAAAAUUGAAAGGCGCGCGCGUGUUUUUCGCACAAAAACCUUUAGAGGAUAUUUGCAAUUCAAACCCACUUGAAAAAUAAAUUGCAAGUGUUUGAAAAAUUAUAGUGCUGCUUGCUGGCCAGUGAAUUGGAAACACUCCAAAGUUUUAUGUAUAUUCGCACAGAGGGGGGGCCAUUCGUGCCAGCCAUAGCAUUUGCCACCGCAACGCUAGACCACAGCGGCGGGAUUAUGUCAUUUUGUAUGUGUUUGUGUGUGUGUGCGAAAUUCCAACCAAUUAUUGAAUCGGAGUGCCAUCAAGCGCCACAAAGAUUCUAAUCUGUAAAUGAACUAUGAAAUUUCCAAUAGUGUUUUACUAAACUCAUAAGUGUUAAAAAAAACGUACACGAAGAUGUAGCGCAAACCAGAUAAGUGUGUAACUAACAAUUUUAAAAUCAUAGGGCAGAGAAAAUCUGCAUUUUAGAAAAUGUAUCCAGCGUAUUUGCGCCGCAAUUCUGUUGUUGGCGACGCAAUCCACUAUGAAGUACCCCACAGCACAAAAAUCAGCCAUUUGCAUUUUAGCGACGGCAUUUUAACACAAAGCCGCCGGCUAUUUGAAUAUUUUCGAAAGCAACACCAAAUGUAAUUAAAAAUCAAAACUAACACUUAACUAAAGAAACAUUUGUAAAUACUUACCUAUAUACAUAUUGUAAUCCUGUUUGUGCGCGUAGUUAAAUGGCAACAUUCAAUGGUCAUAGUACUAACACUGCUGCUGAUUUGCUGGGCUCAUCGGUUGCCGUCGCUGCUGCCACAGAGCAUUUCGAACGUAGCACAGCUGCGGCCACCACCACCUUCUUAGUGCCCUCCACAGCGGCGGCCAAUGGUGCGCCAUUGCAUUUGGAACCUUUCAGUCUUGCAGGCGGCCCACACUUUGUCACAACAACUACAUCACCAUUGGGUGGUGCAACAUCGGCUCAACACCAUCAGCAUCAGCAUUCGCAUUCACAGCAACAGCAACAUCAUCACCAUCAUCAGCAAACCAAUUCAACUUCAACCAGUUAUACAUUUGUACAAAUCAAACGCGAACCUUGCCAAGUUUCGGAAGUGACAUCCGCCAAUUGCCAUCAAACACAGCAGCAACAGCAUCAUCAUCAGCAACAUCACGUGUCUACAUCAUCGACAAGUGGCGGCGGAGGUGGGCUUGGUGUUGGUGUUGGCAUGGGCGUUGGUGUGGCCUCAUCAACGUCCAGUUGUUCUGCUUCCAUAUCAGCCGCUUCCAAGACUAUGUCCUCAUCGUCCACGCUGACAACGCUUGUAAAGAUAGAGGCUUCUUCGCCGAAGGUGAACGAAAUGGAUAAGACGUCAAAUGUGAACACACUCACCGGAGCGGCCACAAUGCCAAACACAAAUAACACAGUGCCCAUUGGUAUUGCCGUGGCGCGUAAGCGACCACAGGAAACGGCGGGCACACUCUCCAGCUCUACAGCCAUCCCGGUGCAACAGACACUUAACAAGGAUAUGAAUUGCUUUGGUAUACGCGUAGCGGAUCUGGGUAAGUUUCAUUUAUUCUUUGUCUGAGUGAAAUACAUAUUUGUAAACAUUUUAGAAGUUGCAUACCUUAGUUACACACUCCCACCUUGCAGAAUAGGAUCUCAUUUAUACACAUGGGUUGUUAUAACUAAAAUAUUUAAGCUACGGUGUCUUGUUAAUGUGUUUGUUGUUGUUGCUGUAAAAGCAUAAAUAUUUUCCUAAAAGUUUCGGAGAAAGCAUUCGAUAAAGAAUAGCGCUAUGGUGAAUUUCUUUCGUUGUGGUUGCUUACAAUAGUUGCGAUCCCAUACGAGUCCCGACUAGUCAGAAUAAGUCAGAUUUUACUGGAAAUCGGUCCCGUACUCGGUUCUCU